AUGGUGCUAAGAAUGGCGAUACUCACUGGCAAUGCCGACUACGAUGCCGGCGAAACGUCUAGGAAUCUCGAUAAUCUUCUCGGCUCCUUGGGCCGACGAGAACAUUCUCCAGUCCAUCCCACAGCUAACAUCUCCUCGUCGUCGACCUCUGAAUUUUCCGUGGUCGGCUUCCUUCUGGUACAUUAUCCUGCCAGCCACUGGUCAUAUCUGCAGGCCCAGCUUACGCGACAACUCGAUUGCCUGGCUCGUCGCGUUACCCAGCAUAACAUGCGCCUGUUGGCUGCCCAACAUGGUCCUACACUAAUGCAUUUGCAAUCAGCUUCUACUCUCACGUCUAAACCUCGAGAAAAAGCCACAAAUGAAGCCUCUUCUCAGCCAUCUAGCACUCCUUCCACUAAACUCAUCUGCGAUUCAUCAGAAACUGAUCAGCCUACUGAUCUGCAUAUCUUGCUUGUGUUGCUCGUCGCACUGGGUGGUGGUGACGCCGACGACUGGGUGGCUCCUGAUAUUUCAUCUUCAACCUCUCCAUCAGCCUCUAUUGUCACCAAACCUACCUCUUCUUCAUAUUCUCUUCAUAAUUCCUUUUCACCGUCUUGUGCCUUACAUUUCUUCUCUGCUCCUAAGACUUCUAUCGCAGCUGAGGCAACUGCAACAAAGGCUAUUUCUCCCUCUGUUUGGCGAGCAAACGCUGCGAGUGGUGCGGCCGGUGGUCGUCAGUUGAUUCGUGGACUGGCAGCACAGCAGGCAUACUCUGUAUGGCAUGCAGACCCUCCGGGGCCAGACCGGCUCCUUACAGAGCCACCCUCAUAUUGGACCGACUCCAAUUUGCUGCUUGAUCAUACUGCCGAAUUUUGCCAGUCUACAUCACAACCUCUUUCACAUGCUAACGGCCACCUGUCCGACUUUAAAUCAUCUGAUUCUGUCGCUUUGUCACGUCUAAAAUGUGCCUGUGUCCCGGGAGCAUGUCACCAUUCCGAUCCAAGUCGCCAGACGGGGCAUUCUGUGGAUAGUCUUCAGCAAGAAUCAGGCUUUCUUGAUUGGAUGGCUCGGACCGCAAAGCCGGGAUUGGCUUUUCUCUAUCUAACUCAUGAAAAGGAUUAUUUCCUGUCAUUUUAA